CAGAACUGAGUUGUACGAAGAUCCUCCAUCAGCAUGUUGGCCUAUCGUAUAUUCUCCAGACUACAACAUUACGUUCAUGGGACUUGAGAAGCUGCAUCCAUUCGAUGCAGGGAAAUGGGGAAAAGUAAUCAAUUUCUUGAAAGAAGAAAAACUAAUUGCAGAUGACUUGAUUGUACAGGCACGGGAAGCUACUGAUGAAGAUCUCUUGGUUGUUCACACAAGGCGCUACCUUAAUAAAUUAAAGUGGUCGUUUGUUGUGGCUACAAUCACAGAAAUUCCACCAGUUGCCUUUCUUCCGAAUUUCGUUGUUCAGAGAAAAGUUUUGAAACCUCUACGAACCCAGACAGGAGGAACAAUAAUGGCAGGAAAACUUGCUCUGGAUAGAGGCUGGGCGAUCAAUGUGGGGGGUGGUUUUCAUCACUGUUCAAGUGACAAAGGAGGAGGAUUUUGUGCAUACGCUGAUAUCACGCUGGCUGUAAGGUUCUUAUUUGAAAGAGUACAAGGAGUGUCUAAAGCCACAAUUAUUGACCUGGAUGCUCAUCAGGGAAAUGGCCAUGAGAGGGACUUCAUGGAUGAUCAUCGAGUAUAUAUCAUGGAUGCCUACAAUAGAUAUAUUUAUCCAGGGGAUGGAUUUGCUAAGCGUGCCAUAAAACGCAAGGUGGAAUUAGAGUGGGGUACAGAGGACGCAGAAUAUCUUCAGAAGGUACACACUCACGUGGAAGGAGCAUUAAAUGAAUUAAAACCUGACAUCAUUGUUUAUAAUGCUGGGACUGAUAUUCUGGAUGGCGAUCCGUUGGGAGGACUGGCUAUUUCACCUCAGGGAAUUGUGAAGAGAGAUGAAGUCGUGUUCAAGGCUGCCAGAAGCCGCAGAAUCCCAAUCCUGAUGGUGACAUCUGGAGGCUACCAGAAGAGGACAGCGCGGAUUAUUGCCGAUUCCAUCCUCAAUUUGCACAACCUGGGGCUUAUUGACAAGGAGCUAGCAACCAGUGGAGCUGGAAAUCCCAAGGUAGAACAGAUGAUUAGAGACUCUGCUAAAGACUUAACCAACUUGUCACUGCAAUGACAAGUUACUAAAUUUUAGGAAACUGCUUCCUGGUUUAGGAGCUGGAAGCCUUCAUCAUUGUCAGGGUUAAUACAGCAUAUUUUAAAAAGACUCAACUUGCCAGU